UAAAUUAUUUUCUUAUUUUGACAAUAUUCUGUAUCUCUUAUCCGUCCGUAAAAGUCCGUUAAUAAAAUUACUAUCAAAAUUGAUAAUCUGAAACUCGUCAGUUUUUAAAUAUAAUUUUAUUCAGAGUUUGCGGUGUAAACGUAACCAGUGGGUUUUAACUUCAGUUCAAUGAUUAAAGAUGUCGCUUGCGAGGGGUGGGAUCUGGGAUCAGCCAAUGAGAGAUUGCUAUGUGACGGAGAAUUUGACAAGCGCAGUAAGCGGCGCGGCAGUGUUCAUUUAUCCACAGAGGUGAGAGCAAAGCCGCCUGAAAAUCGAAGUGAGCCGGACAGAACUUAAUAUCCUGUGUUUUCCAAGUUUUAAAAGGGCUAGAAUACCUUUUUUCUUUGAUGUGGUCGCAGAAUCUUGUGGUUUUUAGUGUGUUUCGUUUAUUAUCCUUUUCGUAACGGUUAAAUGAAUAAUUUUACGCGUGGAGAAAGUGUAAAUAAAUCGGAUCGGCCAAAAACAAUACGGCGAGACAAACCAUUUGGUGACACUUCACAAGGAUCUUACCGGAAAACGUGGCAACCUUGUACAAUUCAACCGCGUGAGGAUUAAUUUUGAGGUUAACUGUUGGGCCUUAGCAGCAACAUUGCCACAUAAAUGGUGUUGAGUGAAAAAUAAGGUUCAUUGGGCUGAAACGCGGGACGCAAAAUUUUUUGGCUCGACAUGCCGGCGUCAACUUUCGAUCCCGUUGAUUCGGCUUUGAGAACAUCUCUCAUCAGAAACGGCAACGAUCAUGGAAAUUUAGACUCUCAGUUAGCUGGAAGCACGAGAAAAGCGCUACUUUCCGAUAUAGAUUUUGAAAGUGCUGGUAGUUAUCAGUGUUCGGUGUGGGACGUUAUAAAACCAAAACACAUUGUUCUGAAAAGUGGCGAAAAACAACAAAAUAGUACAAAACAAGAACAAGAUAACCAUGGAGAUGAUACUCUUAAACUGGCCAAGCACGAAUUAUUUCCUAUGGAAAAAGUCCAACUUGGAUGGUCGACUAGUGGGGAUUGGUCAGUGGGGGCCGGUAUGGUCAAUAUGGGCAAUACUUGUUACUUGAAUUCAACGUUACAAGCUCUCUUUCAUGUUCCUUCAUUAGUAAAUUGGUUAAUGUCUGAUAAGGAACAUAUACAAGAAUGUCAUGAUACAGGUGUAUGUAUAAUAUGUGCAAUGAGAAAAACUUUACAAGAGUCGCAGCAACGAAACGUGAAUUCUAUCAGACCCGUUUUAAUUUAUAACAAGUUACGGUUUGUUUGUCGGAACCUUAUACCAGGCAGGCAAGAGGAUGCGCAUGAAUUUUUAAGAUACUUAAUUGAAGCAAUGGAAAAAUCGUAUUUGCAAAGAUUCAAGGACCAUAAUAAAUUUGAUUCUAAAAUUAAGGAAACUACACCUUUAAAUCAAAUAUUAGGCGGUUAUUUGCGAUCAGCUGUCAGAUGUUUGAGAUGUGGACACGUCAGUACCACUUUCCAACAUUUCCAGGACCUUUUGCUGGACAUUCGUAAGGCACAAACUGUCGGUGAAGCUUUGGAGUUAUAUUUUAGCAGAGAAAAACUCGAUGAUGACAGUUAUCAUUGUGAAGCCUGUCAGAAAAAGGUACCAGCAAAUAAGCAGUUUUCUAUUGAGCGAGCACCAAAAGUUUUAUGCAUUCAGCUGAAGAGGUUUUCUGUUAGUAAUAACAAGAUAACAAAACAUGUGGCCUUCAAGCAUAGAUUAAAUUUAACUCAUUACGUUAGACCAAGACCGAACACACCUCUAAUUUACCGCCUAGUCGCCCUGGUGACGCACAUGGGCCCCACGGUGAGCUGCGGCCACUACACGGCCGUGGCCCAAGCCCCGUCCGGCAACUUCUACCAGUUCGACGACAGCAUGGUCCGGUCCAUAUCGCACCAGACCGUGUUCAACACCAACGCCUACAUCAUGCUGUACGAGUUGGAGUCGCAGCCCCAAGCGCAGAAAUCCGUCCCCGUAGCGCCGAAGACCAAAGUGAGCAGUACGAUCACGGAGGCCGGGUCUACGUCGUCGGCCAAUAGUUCGGCCGCGUCGUCGGCAUCGGCAAAGAGUCCGUCGCCUAUUCCGUUGGGUUAUACGAACGGGAAGGCGAAGGUGCAGAGUCCGAACCCGAAGUCGUUCGGUUUUACGAGCGACAAGAUGUACGGGCCUGAGUUGCCGCCGGAGAGAACAAUUGGUUCAACCGUAACCAACGGUAAACAAAAGGCUGUGAGCAGCUCGCGAUCGACCGACGAGUCGAGCAGCGAGUCCAGCGAGGAGGAAGACACGUCCAAACGGGCUCCGGCGCCCCCCUCUCAUUCCUUCUCCCUCAAAGAGGCGGACAGCUCGACCCUCAACGAAGAACCGCUCGAUAGGGUUGCGUCUCCAAGAGUCUCGCCCAGCAGCUCCAAUCUCUCCACGAGCGUAUCGAGCUUGAGCAGCCCCGAAGUAGCUAGUGCUGCGCCUAGUCCUAAGAAAACUACCGUUACCUCUCCUUCGAAGAGUCUUGUUCCUUAUGAAACGGGGGAUACUAGCGGCAGCGAGGAUUCCAACCAUUCAGAAUCGAAUAAGGUGACGACCAAAACGACGGCCGGCGAAUGGCAAGUGACGUCAUCGACGGACGUGACGUCGCAGAGAGAGAAAGAAUGGUGCGAGCAGAAGAACAACAAAAAUAUGGAGAUCUCGAACGGAAGCGUGGUCAGCGAGCUGUUCAAGAUGUCUACUGGCGGUUACUCGGUUCCGAUAACCACGUGGGAAGGCACAAGGUCGCAGUUAGAUAAAGAGGUAAACCAAGAGAAACGCGAAGAAAGAAAGCGUUCCUAUGUGGAUAGCACCGACCAAGGAAGGGUAAAGCACCAGAAAGUUAGUUCAAGUUAUAGCAACGGAAAAUCAAAUCCAGGCUACAACCCUGUACAGGAAUACCAUAACAUGAAGAACUGGUCAAAUGGCAACGGACUGUCAUCGGGCAUGAAUUUUCACCACAAGCCUUUCUACAACGGAGCCCGUCACAAGAAGAACUUCCACCACAAAAACAGUUUCCACAAGAACAACUAUCGUUUCCGGUAAUGCCCGCACAACCGAAAAUUGUUAUUUUCCAUUUUCUAGUGGCAAUAUCCGGGUAAACCUUUCUUUCCUUUUGCGUAUUUUUAUUUCCACAACACCUAGUUAGAUAGUGAAAAAAAAUUAAACAAUUUAGUAUUGUUUACGUGCACUGAUGUUAACUGUAAAAAACUGAUGUUUGUUCAGUGAACAGUAAAUAAUCUAAUGAAAUAAUGAUAAAUGAAGGAAAAGAAUAUAAUGGUGCCUCCGGUAUGGAAAAUUGCAUAUACAGUGAUCAAAAAAAUCUUAAAAGAAUGGCUAUUGUUACGCCUAUUGUGUAUAAUAUUGUAUAUAUAUAUAGCCCCAUGUAGAAAAGCUAUUAUGUGACAUGUGAAAACAAAAAUACGAGCUAAGUAGAAAAAAUUGUAGCAACAUUGUCCGAUUGUCUAUAAAUCUAAUUCGGUACAUACCAGUUUCAUAUCUUAAAAAAAGUGACAAAUGAACUUUAUACAAAAAAAAUCAUAUACAGGGGCGUUUACUUUUCAGUUAAAUUCUACUAAUAUAAAGUGGACCACUCUGUAUAUGUGAUGUAGUCAAGUUUUGGAAUGUUGUCAUAUUAACAAAAUUAACGUAAAUAAGAAUUACAGCGAACUUUGUCAAACUGUCAACCUUCAAAACACCCUUCUUUAUAAAGACUUUUUGGACAUACUGUAUCAAACCUAUUUUAUGUUAUAAGGACACCUUUAUUUUUGUUUUGAUUAUAUUAAUGAUAUAAUUAUAUCUUAAUAUUUUCAUUUGUUGUUUUUAAUUAUUUUGACAUACAUUUUUAAACAUAUUCUGUACAUAGAUUACAGGGUUGUAUGAAACUGGUAUGUCUAAUUAUAUUUACCAUAUGAUCAAGUAUAAAACAGGACCAGAGUAGGCUUGGGAAUGGAAAUCGCUGUCAUUAUAUUAAAAUAAUAUGGUAAAUAUUAUCGAUUUUUAUUUCCAAGCCAACUUGACGCCGUUUUUGUUUUUCAGUGGUACGGUAUAUUCCUGUAACGUUCUUGAACCAAGAACGAGUACUAUAGAUAACAUAGACCUCAAGGAUUAUUUCUGACGUGGAUAUAAUCCUGUGCUCAAAGAAACUGCUAAAUGUAAAAUAGGCAUUUACACCUACAGAUGAGUUCGAGUUCAUUUUUAAUAUGUAAUGGUAUAAUGCCAUUUUUAUUUACGAAUAUGUGCUUUCGACUUCAUGUACAGUUUAUAAACUUGUGUCUAUCACUUAAAAUAAAUGUUUUUUUAAGGAGA